AUGUACAGUAUUGUUAAAGCUAAUCGAAUUAUGGAUGUCGAUAAAAACAACAAUGGAAUAAGUAAAGAUACAAAAGGGUCUUAUCGUAUUCAAAUUGUUGAAAAAGGGACAUUAGCUGAUAUGGAAGAAGCAGCUGGACUUAUUGAAGAAUACCCAAAAAUGCCCUAUGAAAUGCAUGAAAGUGUAUUAUCGGAUUGUGAUGAAUGGCAUAAACGAAACAAUGAGAAGGAAAACCUGAAGAAUAAUCAAAGCCAAAUUUUAUCAAAACGUAAUCAAGCUACUUCAAUUCAUCACAUUAGUGAUGAUGACUCUUCUGAAUUCAAUGAAGAUAUGGAAGAAAACGACAAAAAUGAUAAUGUUGAUGUAUUGAUGUCACAUCUUUCGACUUCGUCUACAAAGAAAAAAAGAAGAAGUUUAUCGAAAAAGACGAAUUCUGGUUGCUUGCCAGCAAAACGUAUUCGUUUUGAUAAUUUAAUAGAUUUCACAAAUGUUGAUGAAAAACAAAUUGAUCUUGCACAAAUGAUGAAUUAUAUGAAAGAAAUGAACCAAAACAGCAAGCAUCUCUCACAACAACAAAAACAAAUUCUACUCGUACAAGAUCGAAUUGAAAAUAGGUUGAAAUUAAUUUUGAAAAACCAGAGAAAAAUAGCCAAAGCUAUGAAUCAAAAAAAAUGUAUGAUACCAAUUGUUCUUGAUGUAAAAGGUGGUGAAUCAUCAUCAAAUGAGCCAUGUGACAACAACGUGAGUGUCUUUAUAUAUAAAAAUAUAUGCUACAUUUGAGUAAAACAGGAUUUAUUGAGAAAAACUUCAAUAAUAAUCAACUUAAUUAUUGGAACUCCUAGUGAGAAUCAAAUGUCAAAUCAAUAUGAUUUGAUGAACAAACAAAAUCUCUCAUAUUCAAUUUUCUCAUUGCUUUUUUUUCUGAAUUUAUCAGCAUCAAAAGAGGCCUUCUACCCAAGCAGACAAAAAUUUCAAAAAACGCGUUUAAACGCACAAUCGGGAACCGCGACUGUGAUCCAUUCACGCUCUUUAAAAAAACGCAAGAAACGACGUUUUUUGUGCAAAAUAGUC